GGAGCAAGAUAGGCGGAUGAUCAAAAAUCGACUAGUGCAAAUUGAAUUGAAAGGAGUCCAAUUGGGGUUGGCCCAGCAAUUUGAUUGUGUGGAACUCUACCAAGAAAUAGCACAUGAUAUAACGUCACAAAAGAGGAGAACGAUUAGUUCUGGAUUGAGUUAUCAUAAUUUCGUGCAGAGCCAAGUUUCAUCCACCCAUCACGCAUGCCCGGAAAAAAAACAAAAAAUCUGAGGAGCUACACUAAAUGCCUCCUCAAUAGAGCAGGUUGACCCGUAGCCAAUGCCCACAAGUUAAUGGCCAAGUUGAAGAAAUUAAAGGUGCCCCGCUAUGUGGACCAAUUGCAUUUAGCACUCAUUACUUCCUGAGCCAGACAACAGCUUGGAGUGGAUUCAGUAUCAAUAUAAGCAGCCUCUUCCUUAGGCCUCAUCCAAAACAUUCCAAACCGCUGGGCCAAUUUACCUUAUUGAAGGUGGCUCCAAUGGCAAAUUUAGCACUGUUGCUAGCAUCUCUGUGUCUUCUCUCCAACAUUUUCUCCCUCCCAUUCCUUGCAUUUGCUAUAUCCUCCUGUGGUGGCCCAUGUCAAACCCUUAACGACUGUGAGGGUCAGCUCAUAUGCGUCAGUGGUAAAUGUAAUGAUGAUCCAGACGUCGGGACUCACAUUUGUCAAACCCCAUCACCAUCCCCUCCAAGCGGCUCUAACUGUCAAGCCUCCGGCACUCUUACGUGCGGGGGAAUAUCCUAUCCCACCUACAGAUGCUCCCCUCGGGUUACAUCCUCCACACCUGCCAAACUCACAAACAAUGACUUUAGCGAAGGCGGGGACGGUGGAGGCGCGUCGGAGUGUGAUGAGCAGUACCAUAGCAACUCGGAGCGUAUUGUCGCCCUGUCAACCGGGUGGUACAAUGGCGGAUCGCGAUGUGGAAAGAUGAUCAGGAUUACGGCACAAAAUGGGAGGAGUGUGGUGGCCAAGGUGGUGGAUGAGUGUGACUCCAUGAGGGGGUGUGACCAAGAGCAUGCAUACCAGCCUCCUUGUAAGAAUAACAUAGUUGAUGGAUCUGAUGCUGUGUGGAGUGCUCUGGGGCUGGAUAAGGACAUAGGUGUAGUGGAUGUUACCUGGACCAUGGCUUAGGUACGUUAGCUUUAGUGCUUGUAGCCACCUAAUAAACGGCGUUACGUACCGAGCUUCAAUGCCUAAUUACUGGCUGUGUUGUAUCGACACAUUAAUAUGAAGUAAAUAA